UCUAUCAAAUAUGUAUUCCAGCUGAUUUUUCGUUGUUUGCUGGCGGCAGUCACUGCUGGGCCCUUGGUCAGCCCCAGCAACGUGCGGGUCUUGAAGUACGAUAAUUACAACGACGGAGUUGGCGGCUUCAAAUACGAAGUCGAGCAAAGUGACGGCUCGAAGUCUCAAGCCCAGGGGAAUCUCGUCAUAGUGGUCACUGAGGGUAAGGAAGUCGACAUAUUAGUUGUCCAGGGUAGCUACUCCUUCGUCAUCGACGGCCUUACCUACACCGUGCGUUAUGUGGCUGACCAGAAUGGAUACCAUCCCAAGGUUGUUGUUGAAAAACCUCCCCCCACUCCUACCCUGUUUACUCUUCCAACACCACCUCCAAAUACUCGUCGGCCGCCGCUACCCCUACGACCAACGAAAUCACGUCCAGAGUUACAUACAUACAAUCACGCCUGUAUCCCAUAA